GCUUUGCACGCGUUCGACGCACGGCUCCGACGGACCCCGAAAGAACGGACUGCGAUGCCAUGCUACGGAUUUCUCGAUUUCUGCGGAGGGCGGGACGAUGCUCGGGAUCCCGAGCUUGAAUUCAAAGCCAGCCCUACGGAGCAGGAUCUGCUCCACUGGCAGUAUGACGCGCUGCUGGAGAUGAGAUCACAAGUGGGGCCCGUCGAAGACAAAGAUUUGCUUCGUUUCUUGGUGGCCCGGAAGUGGCAUGUGCCUGCAGCCGUCGAGCAGUUCCACGCCAUGCAGAUUUGGCGGAAGACAAACCAAGUGGAACGCUGGCGACGCAAUGCCCCGGGGCCAACGGGUCCAGAUGCAGCAGCUGAUGCGGCCGAGGAUCCACGCCUCAGCCGCGACAACAUUGAAAUGUUCCCCCAACUAAGGUUGGUGGAGAAUUGGCCGGAUGAAGGCGCACACGUGUACUUUGGACAGGCCCUCGCGUUCGGCUUUGACAAGAAAGGACAGCCAAUUCAGAUCCAAAAUGGUGGAUUGGCUGGCUGGAGAUUUGCAGAGCUUCUUCGACAUGUUGGCGGGCGAGAAAAAGUGGUCAAGAGUUUGAUCCGAUUUCAGGAGCUUCAGGCGGCUCGCAUGGAAGAGUCUUCCCGUCGUUUGGGGCGGCCCAUUACCAAGCAGGUGGUCAUCACCAAUGCGGCGGGCAUGCCUCUACGUCCACAUCCUCAGGCCGUCGCCACUUUCAAGGACUUCCUCUUUAUCAGUUCUCGCUAUUAUCCCGAGUCAUUGGCCGUGCUCUUCAUUGUCAACGCACCGGUCUUCUUCGUGGCGUUCUACCGGCUCAUUCAGUCCUGGCUGGAUCCGGUGACAGCCUCGAAGAUCCAAGUCUUAGGUAGCAACUUCCAACAUAAGUUGCUGGAACACAUCGAUGCGGAUCAGCUCCCAAUCACCUACGGGGGCACGGUGGACUUCGACAUUCUGGGAGAGACCUGGAGCCGGGAGGACUGUGACAAGUUUCUGGCGGACUGUCAGCGUGCUUUGCGCCCUGAUCAUGUCCAAAGUCCGUCAAAAGUCGAAAAUCAGUAUGAACAGUUCCAGGCUUUCCCAAAGUAUUGGAUCGUGGCCGUGGUUUGUUUUGCUUACUUCAUGUCAGGCUUUCUCUUUUGAGAUGGCUCAGGCCGCCUCGUAUCACUUGAUCCAGUGCAAACGGAAAGCGUCAGCAAAGCAGCCUUUUGGCAAUUGGCCACAGAUGCUGUUGCAGAACGCAUCUGAGAAGGCGACGCGCUUUCCAACCUAAUGUUUUUUCCGACG